AGAAGUCAUGAAAGAUUAAGAAAACUGCAGAGAAAUAUCCUUCCACAAGAAAAAGAAUCUCGCUAUGCAAAGCAUUUCUAAAAAGCCAUCCUUUUUCUUCUUUUCCUUCUCUUCUUGAAAUUAAAUCAUCUGUAAAAAGCCUUUGUACUUCUGUCUUUGUUACAUCUAAUUUGUCAUUUCUGUGACACAUAUUAUCUAUUCUUCUUUUAUUCACAUUAAAGAACAUGCCAUCGAUCCCUCGUGCUCGAGUUAUUGUCAAUGGAGUCCAGAGAAUGAGGACAUACCAUUACUAUUGGUGUAGACAUUGCCAAAGAUCCAUUAGGACAACUUCAGCCAAUCCAUUUGAAAUUUUAUGUCCUCAUUGUUUUGGUCAAGUUAACUAUGAACUUGAUUUUACAAGGCCUAGGCUUGUACUUUCUGAUGUCACAAGGCUACAACCACAACCUUCCUCGAAUUCUCGCCUUCUUGAUGCCUUAGAACUCAUGGUUGAUCCACCAGUUAGGCAACAAAACAACGAUGGUGAUGAAAGUCAUCGUAGAACUAGACAACGUGCUCGUAUCAUUCUCCAAUUUAUUGGUCCUGAUGAUCAACCUAUUAGGCCUGUCUCUCCUCAUGAGAACGCAUUUUAUUUACCAUCGAUUCAAGAAUUGACUCAGAACGAUAGGCCAGGGCCACCUCCAACGCCAUCUUCAGCAAUCGAUGCAUUGCCAAGAAUUGUGCUCACACUAAACCAUUUGGAAAAAGACUCUGUUUGUCCUGUUUGCAAGGAUGAGUUUGAAGUUGGGAUAGAAGUUAUAGAGUUACCUUGCAAGCAUUUUUACCAUUGUGAAUGCAUUGUUCCAUGGUUUAGACUCCAUAAUACUUGUCCGGUUUGUCGGUAUCAGCUGCAAGGAUUCUCAAACAAUGAGGACCAAAAUGGUUACACAAAUGAAUUUAAUGAACAAGAAGAGGAGGAGAACAUGCAGAAUCCUCUAAUUUGGUGUUGGACUCAGCUUACCUCUCUUUGGCCUUUUAGUUUGAUGUCAAGAUGGAGAGACAGAUACUUUUACACUUUUGAGACUACAGAUUUUCCUAGAGGGAGAGCUUGGUGAAAUCCUUGGAUUUUCCCUUGAUAAUGGUUGCUGCUGAAUUGGUUCUUAUUUAGAAAAACAAUAGAGAGUAGUUUGGUUUUAGUUCUUUGCUUCAUUAGGUGCUAAACAGGUAUGUUCACAAAACUAAAUAUCUUUCUGAAUCUGAUGGAUGGAAAUCAUCUGAGAAUGGGGUCAAAAGACAAGAUUCAUAAGGUUGAAGCGAAGCAAGGUGUUGUGAGGGAGGUUUAAUUAAACUUCCUCACAAAUAGAAAAAUCGAAAUGGUUUUUUUGCUAUAUUUCAAAUGAAAAAAGUGAAUACAUAAUAGUUCAGAUUUGAAAUUCACAAAAUUAUAAUACUUCGGAUGUUGUGUGUAACAAAAUGGAAGCUGAAUGACUAUUUAUGAAAUUAACUCUUUACUAAAUGGCUUCUAGAUUUAAAGGAUCAUAUUUCGACUAUCAAAGUCAUGGAAUUAUUUUCAGCAAGAACUAUGCAAAGAAGAAAUGAAGAAGAUGAGAAAGAAGAGAGAGGGAGAAAGAAAAGCCCCACUAUUUCCAUGUUGAAUCUGACUUAAUGGACCUAUUUGUCUUUCAUGAUCAAAAUUAUAUGUCUAUCAACAACCUCAAACUCAAAAUCUAAUAUUUUUUUUAGAAUGAUGAU